AUGUGCACCGCAGCAUGUCUGGUGACAGAAAAUGCACUAGCAGAUAAUUAUCGUAAUCUCCUGCACUGCGCAAGAGAAUCUUCAGCCUUGGAACACAAGCACGAGGAGGUCCGUGAUGGUGAUUCGGUGAAAGCGAUUUCGACGAGGCUGCUUGGCCUCGUGGCGGUUAUUACACCUAUUUCUAUUACUAGACAUCCGGUAAUCGUGGGACUGCAACGUGAAGACGACAACAAAGAAAAUGGUAGUCAAGGUUUUGGACGUUACGGCUCGCAGAUUCUAACUGGACAUUAUGGUAGACUAAUAGAUCAACGUUACAUGGUGGAUCACUCGAGGACGCACCCUUAAAAACGCCAACGAGACCGAUAGUUAGCAGCUAAAUAUCGGCCAUAUCGACAUUGAUAUUACGCCACUUACUGUUUUAAUUUCGAUAUCUAAUGCGGUAAUCCCGUAUACGAGCAACGAGAACAUAAUAAAGUCCGCAUAAUAAAGUCUACGAAAGUACAAGUCGUAUUUUAUGGUGCAUUAGUACGGGUAUUCGCGCCUCCGCGAUAAUGCUGAGGCGUGUAUAAUUAGUAGCAGCCAGAAAGGACCGUGCACUCCUGACAGUGCGAUCCUAGAACAAAAGCGAGCGGGACUGAAUAGCGAAUCCGCUCCGCGCCUUACAGUCGAGAGAUAUCCGCUUAUGAAACAAGACCUGGUAAAUAGAGGUCCGGCGCGCACACCGCUGGAUCCACUGAAAAUGAUUAAAAGGCGGUGGUAUAUUUCGUGCCGACUGGUAAAUUAUUUAUCGCGACAGCGAUGGCAAUUUAAUUAAGUGUAUAUUCUAAAUCUGUAGCAGUGAAAUUUCAUUGUAGGCGUUAGUGGCAAUUGAGCCAAUGCUACUGCCAGUGAAUUUUACUGCAAGGUAAUAGUGAAGAUUAGAAUAGAAGGAGAUUAGAAUAGACAGAAUAAUGUCAUUCCAAUGGAUAGGAUAAUUUCGGCAAAUACGUCACGCUGGGAUUUAUGUCGCAGAAGUCAGAAAGAAUAGGAGUAGGGGUAAUUUUUCUACAACUA